UGAUAGUCACGAGACUGGCGUAUAGCCGUACAUUUAGAGGAAACUAUUAGACGAAAGUGACGAUAGUCUAGGGUUUCGAUAAGUCGGAUUUAAGUUCAAAAUGAAGCAUGUACUGCACCCAGAUACCACUGUGACGACACUGAUCAUUUCUAUUUUCAUUAUUUCUAUUGUUAAUUCAAAGACAAUAAAUGUGAGAGAUGACAGAGAAGUAUGGGACUAUGUUACAGUUCGACCGUCUGCCCAUAUGUUUUAUUGGCACUAUGAUACAAUAAAUAGUGCUGGGUUUAAAAAUGUACCAUAUGUACUGUGGCUACAGGGAGGACCUGGCGGUUCAAGUACAGGAUUUGGUAAUUUUGGAGAAAUUGGUCCAUUGGGUGUUGAUUUAAAACCAAGGAACACGACAUGGUUACAGUAUGCUAGUUUAUUAUUUAUUGAUAAUCCUGUAGGAACAGGAUAUAGUUAUGUAGAUAACGAUUCUGCUUAUACAACUGAUGUACAAAUGAUAGCCAAUGAUUUAUUUACUGUUCUAACAGCUGUCAUGGAAAAAGUUCCAGGUUUUCAGUCUGUUCCAUUUUACAUUUUCUCUGAAUCAUAUGGUGGAAAAAUGACUGCUGCAUUUAGUCAAGUUUUAUAUGAUGGAAUACAGGCAGGAAAAAUAUCAUGUAAUUUUAAAGGUCUUGCAAUGGGUGAUUCGUGGAUUUCUCCCAUAGAUUCUGUUUUAACGUGGGCACCAUAUCUUUAUACAAAUUCUUUAGUAGAUUUGCCUGGAUAUAAAUUGGUUGAAGCCGCUGCCAUGAAAACUAAAAUGUUUAUAGAAAAGGAUCUUUUUUUAAAUGCUACGGCUGAAUGGGGAGCCACAGAAUCAAUUGUUGAACAGGUUACAAAUGGUGUCAACUUUUACAAUAUUUUAGAGUGGGGAGGCUCGGACAAAUUAAACAGUAUCAAAUUAAACCAGAAUCUGGGAUCAUUAGAGAAAUUAUGGAAACGUCAUGUUGGAGUUUAUCAAGCUGAAGAUCUUGCAGCAUUAAUGAAUGGUCCUAUUAGGGAGAAAUUACGAAUUAUACCCAAUAAUGUCACAUGGGGAGGUCAGUCUGGUAUGGUAUUUACCAAACAAAGUGGAGAUUUUAUGAAACCAGUUACAGAUAUAGUGAAUAAUUUAAUUAAUAAAACACCUUUAUCAGUUGUGGUAUAUAGUGGUCAGUUAGAUCUUAUUGUAGAUACAUUAGGAACUGAAAGUUGGGUAAACCGUUUGAAUAUAGCUGAAGAGUUUAACUCAGCUUCUCGUAAACCUAUCCUCAAUCCCAUGACAGAUUUAACAUCAGGUUUUGUUAAAAAAGCUAAAAACUUCUCGUUUUAUUGGAUAUUAGACGCUGGUCACAUGGUUCCAUCUGACAACGGUCCAACAGCAGCAAAAAUGCUCCGAAUGAUUACAAACCAGGAUAAUUGAUAUCACAGAAUUAUUAAUUUUGUUAUGUUUUCCAUUUUAAUAAAAUAUUUUGUUGUUAAUAGGCCUACUGUCAGCCACAUGUAACAACUGUGUUUGUCAAUAUAAUUUAGGGUAAGACGCUGGCUUGAUAGCCUGGAGGUCGGGUGUUCGAUCCCUGCAUUGAUGGAGAAAGUUCAUCAGGAUUUUCCAACAUGGUUUCCCCUUGUUAGUGGUGCAGGACAUGGACAACUGUCUAGUUGUUAGGAUGGGACGGAAAACUGAAGUCAAGUGAACACAUUGGUGCACAUGUAAAAGACCCCUUGACAGUUGGAAUUCGAUGUAAGACUAAGAGUAGGCUGUAGUGCCACUGUCAUGGCAAAAUUUCCCUCAUAGCACACUGUGUGGCGUAUCCCCGUCUUCAUUAGCCCAGUUCGGAGCAGAACAGUAGGACAUUAAACCCCAUUUCAUUUCUUUCAAUAUAAUUUAUCACUUAAUGUUUUUGCUCGAAACAUUUUUUAUACACAACACCCUUGUUCUGAAGUGGUGCCUUUUGCUAAUGUACUUAGAAAUGUUAAACAUUUUAUAUUUCCAUGGGAAAAUGCCAUCUUCUCCCGCAAUUGUCCCCUUGCCAGACCCAAAUUAAGUAUUAGUGGGAAAAGCAUAUGCUGGAAUUUAUUUUGUGAGUUUCACCACAUUUAAUAUCAUUGAAGUAAUUGAAAAAUUAAUUUUAACAUGAAUAAAUCUGUGAAAAGUU